AUGUUCGCCCCAGAGCUGCUGAAGGAAACUGGAAAUGGUGACAACUAUCCACGUGGAUCACCUCAAGGCGAUAUAUAUAGUUUAGGCAUGAUAUUAUAUUGGUUAAUGUACAGAGAGGAUCCGUUUGCCAAGACGGGCCUACGUGGAAAAGCGCUCGUUGCCGAGAUACUCAAGCGCCGCUUGAAACCUGAAGCAGACGAUUACGACGGUUCGCCUGAUCAGAAGGUGGG